AUGACCUCAAAAAUAUCUCCCGUACGGAAGGCGGAUAAACGGCAAUUGGCGGCUGAUGAUGCGAAAGACGACCAGAAGAUCGGUCCUGAACAAAAUCGGACGAAGCGACGUAAGAUCGGUCGUGACGCUUCUACUACCAACAACGAGAAAUCCACUUCUCCGAAGCCUGCGAAGCCAUCAAGCACUCCUGGUAAAUCUCCAGGACAGAAAAAUAGUGUAGACCAAGAGAUACCUUCGAAAAGUCCAAGAAACAAGGAAAAGCAUGGUCAAAAGGAGAAGGGGCCUCAGUCAGCGGAUAACUCCCUGACUGUGACUAGUGAUGUCUCUACGACUAAAACGACCACCACUGUCUCAAAGCGCAAGGGGAAAUCAUCAGGGGAGGUUCAACAUUCGGAGAAACCAGGGGCAUCAGCUCAAUGGUCCGUAUCACGUACGGUUGGCGGAAGAUUUAGUGCUAUUGACACGAUUAUCACACCUGAUGAAAAACACUUCAUACUCUUCUCCAACACUUUCGCUCGGGUCUAUUCUGUAGCGACCUCCAGUGUGGUACGGACACUGGAGAUACAGAAAGAGAUGCGGCGCAUUACUGACUGCAAACUCUCCCUUGUCGAUACGGAACAUCUUUACAUGUCGACGCUUUCUGGAGCCAUUGUGAAGUGGGACUGGACGUCAGGGGAAGUGAUUGAAACUUGGGAUGCUGCUCUCAAAAUAUAUGCUAUUGAUAUCUGUACUGGCUCCAGUGGCCAGGGUUCCUCAGAUGAGGAUGUUGUGGUCUCAAUAAAUGACGCUGGCUCGAGGAAAGCAGAGAUAGCCAUGCACACCAAGGGGGGAUCCGAUUCCUGGAAUACCAGAGUCAUUCGGGAAAUGUCCACAACGCCCAACGAAUUCAAAGUAUCCUCUGAUGGAAGGGUCAUUAUAGCCAUUGCUGAUUACCAGCUGUUUGUGGGCUACACAGCUAAGCUGCGACUGGAAGCGUUGGAUUCUAUAAAGUAUACCUGGCUAGAGGUUGCCUUACCGAUUUCUGUUACCUGCUCUGAUAUCCGAGAACGUUCGCCAUUGGACCAGGUAUCUUCUCCUGCCACACGAGUAGUCGACCUAGCUUUGGGAGACAAGGAGGGUGCAAUCUUGAUUUAUCAUGAUAUCCUCAAUUCUUUACUGCGGACCGAGAACAAAUCCGAAGCCGGAACAAGUUUAGUGACAAACCGUCUGCAUUGGCAUCGGAACGCUGUCAAAACUGUGAAAUGGUCGCAAGACGGUAACUAUAUUAUCUCGGGCGGUUCGGAAACUGUCAUCGUACAAUAUCAGCUUGAUACAGGAAGGAAACAGUUCCUACCCCAUUUGUCGUCACACAUCUGUUCCAUUGUCGUGUCUCGCACAGGGAAAUUUUACGCAGUUCGGCUUGCAGAUAAUUCUGCCAUGGUCCUUUCUACAGCAGAGUUGCGCCCUAUUGCUAGCGUGAGCGGCCUACAGUUACCAUCAGAAGUGGAUGAUAUCGUCGCGCGGAAAUUACAGCGUGGAACGAAAAAGGAUAGAUCAGUAGCCUUGAAACAAGUCGAAACCGACCUAGCUCGCUUACCUGCCGUUCUACACCCCAUACACUCCGGGCAUCUCCUCGCGGCAGUUUCCUCCUCCCCCGGCCGAUCACCAGGCAGUCCCCCCAGCGCAUCGUCGCUUCAGACCUUUGAUGUACUCACCAACCAACACGUAUCCCGUCAAGCGCUUGCUAGAACCAAUACCACCGUAAUCAAGACCGGACCGCAAGGAACAGAUUUAACAACACCUGAUGUCAAGUUCCUCGGGAUAACGUCAGAUGGGGAGUGGCUAUCAACAGUUGAUGAAUGGCUGCAGUAUCCCCAAGAUGUGAGCGUUCUAUAUCCUACGACGAUUACGUCUCGAAAGGAAAAGAGGGAAAUCUUUUUGAAAUUCUGGCGCUGGAAUGAAAGCAUGAAGGAGUGGGAACUAAGUACCCGGAUUGAUGCGCCUCACUUCAAUUCUUCGCUCGGGUCUGCGCGAGUGCUGGAUCUAGCAUCCAAUCCUGCAGGCUCAGCUUUCGUCACUGCUGGGGAAGACGCCGUUGUCCGAAUCUGGUCUCCCAGUGCACGCUAUCGCAGUGGCCAGACGAUCAAAGACAACCAGAAUCAACCUCUCCAGACCUGGAGAGCCAUUCAUAGCAUCGCGCUCGAAAAAUUCGCAGAGGGCUCGGAAUCCUCCGCGUCUUCCAAAUCGGCCAGCCUGGCGUUUUCAGACGACGGUUCGGUUCUCGCUGUCUGCUGGACUGAUCAGAGCGGAGCGAGGCUAGUUUAUCUCAUCAACCCCAAGAGCGGCGAGAUCUGCCACGCACGGGAUAACCUGUACCUUGGCACACCGCCCGAGGUAGGCUUUUUAGACCGGCACAUGGUCAUCCUCUCCGACCAGUUGGUCGUUUGGGAUACUGUGGCCGAUCAAGUCAAGUUAGUAUUGCAAAUGGAAGAUGACGCAAUCUACCCCAUGGGAUCCCUGCCAAAGUUCCUGGCCAUGAACCAUAAAAGCCAAACUUUCGCCAUCUCUUUCGCCUGCGUUAAGCGGAAAGGUACCGGCAAAUCACACAAGGAGCAGCAGCAGAAACAAGGGAAACCCCGUCACCAGUUGGCCAUAUUUGACAUGAAAACCCUGGGCCCUAUCUUCCAGACAACCCUAGACUACGCGUGUCGCGCUCUACUCCCCAAUCUCCGGACCGGUGAAUACAUCCUGGUCGAUGCCGCUGCGCAGAUCCAGCGGGUCGGGUCGGGCGAUUGGAAACAGCUCGUGCCACAGAUUACGGCCGAUGCUUCCUCUUCUCUGAUACAGACUGGCCUGGAGAACAUAUUCGGCACAUGUGGCCCGCUCGAACGUGCGUUGCCUGUGGGAGCUGGAGCUGGAGCGUCUCUGCCGAUAACACGGCAAAUCGACCAUGGUCAGGGUGCGCCGAGGGAAAGUCGGGCGGGCAACCUGACUGAUAUCUUUGACAUUGGACCAUCAUUUGUCUUGCCGGGUGUUGAUACGUUGUUUGAGGAUGUUGUUAAACAUUUCAACACCAGUGCGAAUACGGUUGCCAUAUAA